UUGAGCGGAGAGCUUGGAAGGAUGCGGGGAAGAUGGCGAUGGAUGUAAAAAACAGAGAUGCGUUUUAUUCAAGUCCCGACUACUGCAAUAUCUACAGUCCUCAGGCUGUAAAUUACGGAGAUGGCGGUCAGUAUUUCCCUCACAUUUCAGGUCCAGACCCCAUUCUGAAGCCAAACCUUGGUUAUAUAUGCCAGCCCUUCCAGGCUAUGACCCCGACUCCAAACCUCCGACCACCACCCUUGAUAAUACCACCGGACCCACUGCGAUUCCCUCACUGUACCCCUCUCGAUUUAAAGCAGCCCCCUCACCUCCAGAUGCCGCCCAGCCUGUCCAUUCCGGCCCCCCCUGUCCCCAGCCCCAAACCCCAGGAGGAGGACGGUCAAAUGUUGGGCGCUGAUCAGGAAGCCACACUGGAAGAACUCUGCAAGCCUUUGUACUGUAAACUGUGUAACGUCACACUCAACUCUGCACAACAAGCCCAGGCCCAUUAUCAGGGGAAAAACCACAGUAAAAAGCUGCGGAAUUUUUAUGCUGGUAGUCAACAGCCGCCUCCCAUUAGAAUACCAGAGGUGGUAGAGCCUGUUUCCCAGCAAACCUCAGCUGCUCCACCCACAGAUUCUGCAAAUGUGAAUGCCAAUCAGCCGCUCUUAAAAGGAGCGAGCAGAGUGAUACUGGCAACGGAGAAUGAUUACUGUAAGCUCUGCGAUGCUUCCUUCAGUUCUCCCGCCGUGGCCCAGGCCCACUACAAGGGCAAGAAUCAUGCCAAGAGACUGCGGCUGGCAGAGGCACAGCAGAACGCCACAUCCUCAGACUUGUCUGACACUCAGAGACGUCCCAGAAAAAAUGGCGACGAGUAUCGAUUAAUGAAGAACCGCAGGGCCCACAUCAACCCUGCCAUGCCAGGUCCUUACUACAACCCACGACCGAGGCAGCGCAUCCCACGAGACCUGGCGAUGUGCGUCACCCCCAGUGGGCAGUUCUACUGCUCAAUGUGUAACUCAGGUGCCAGCGAAGAAGCCGAGUUUCGUGUACACCUGGAGAGCAAACAACACAAAAGCAGAGUGUCGGAACAACGCUACCGAAGUGAGAUGGAGAACCUGGGAUAUACUUAAUGGAAAGAUUAUAGAUUUUAAGGUUGUGAUGAAAUAAUCUUGGCCACUUUUUGUUUAGACUGGAAGUCUGGAACAAUUUUAUAGUUAGAAGUAUUCAAUAAUUCUAUAAGCCAUUUGUUAGUAAAUACUUAGAUAAGUGAAUUUUAUAAACACUGCAGAGUUGCACAUUUUUAGUGUUAGGCUGAAAGGUGUUGUUAUUGAUAAGAGAAAUCUACUAAACCAAGACUCCAAGAAAGAGGGAAAAUGUGGUAAUAGAAGGCAGCUUUAUGUUUGAAAAUCCUUAAAAUCACAGAUCUAGGAUCAGUUGCCUAUAGGUUUAUAGUAAUCUAUUAUUACCAUAAUGAUGGUGAAGUCUUGUCCUAGAUCCGCUUAUAAUAAUUAUAUAAUAUAAAAGUACACAGAAACUCUAGUUUUUCUCAUUUUUACUCUAGUUUGGACCGUUUUUAUUGCUUCAAAAGGGAUAUAAAAAUCUUAGACAAAAAAAGAAAAUGAAUGGAAGUCAUUUUAAAAACAUUUAGCAAAAUCCUGCACUUUUUAGCAAAUCUGUGUAACAGAAGAACAAUUGUUUUUACAUUUUUCUAAAGGUCAGAUUUCCCUGCUGAAAUUUGCCAAUAUCGUUUAAAAUGUUUGAAAUUUCUUUUAGAAAAAUCCAAAAUUGGAAGUAUUUUACUGUAACUGUCUCAGGUUUCUGGACCCCACUGUUACUGUUUAUUAUUUAUAAUAAUUUAUUUGUUUUUAUUGAUUUACUGUACGUCCAGCAACUACAAUUAUUUGGAGAGCUGAUAUCUACUGCGCAGAUCGUCCCGACUAUAUUUUGCAUAGAUUUGAUGCCUCAAAAAACAAAAGGACAAAUCAGGCAGCACUUCUGACCAAACAUAUGUGGAAGCCGUGUUCACUGAGCCGUAGACUCACUGUGUUUUUUGAGCCUGAUGACUGGGCUGCGUGUUCCCUGAAGAAUCCAGACGCAGGACUCCAGCCGUCCUGAGGUGUGCCUACUCGGUGUACUUUGAAAGCGAUGACAAUAGAUUUAGCCAAUCUGAAUUUGCACACAUUUCGUAGAUGUAAUAGCAAGAUAUAGUUUCAAAUAUGAUUUGGUGUGUUCGGUCGUAUAUCUCAUAUUUGAAAUCCUUAUGCUUUAGUUAGUUAGGUGUUGUUUGUUAUUUUAAUCUUGGAUUAUUCCCAGGAAAGCGCUUCCCUUACAAUAGGCAAUGGAAAACAUGGCUACUUUUAAAGUGGUGACUUUGGAUCUCAUAUUAGGAUGAAAUCUUUGACUGCUAGAAAUUCAUUUCCACUUGGUCGAAUGAAAUAAACAAAGUUUAUAGAAAUAUAAACUAAAAAUGAAAUAUAUAUUUAAUAUUUUGCAUUCCCAACAGAAAAAAAUAUGACCUUUAUGCAGUCACGUAGAAGCAUGGUGGAGAAAACUCUUAGUUUAUAUUUACAUUAAUGCAUGCUUAAAUGGCAUUGACCACAUUAUAAAGAAACAUAGUAUUCGUUUUACCAAUCCGUUCAUUGUCAUGUGACAUGUUGCGAUUGUAAUUCUACCACUCUUCCCUUUUUGAUUUAAAAUGAGUUAUGUGGUUUGUUCAACAAAACGCAUGAAGUGAUCGCUGCUUGUACAUAUUUUUAUUUUUGAGGAAAAAAGGACAGUUGCACUUGAAGCAAAGGACAAUUUCAGACGAAACUUUUGCACUUGCUACAGAACUGGAAAGGAUUGUUGUAAAAUGUUCAUGACGAAACCCUAUAUAUAUUAUUACGGAGAUAUUUACGUUCAUUCAGAUCAAAUGUUUACAGUGGGAAAUAUCACAGAGGACUAUGGAAGAGCUUGAUGGACUAAUGGACACUGAUAGAGCUUUACCAUAGCGGACUGUGCUGUGAACACAUUUUACAUAUUCCUCGGAGCAUAAAGCUUACUCAGCUGUGAUUUUGCACAUUUCAGGAGCUCUGUUUCGUUGCAGUUGUGGCUGUCGCUUUGCAUAUGUUUUAUGCAGGAGGGACUUCCUGACCUAUAUAUUGAUACAUGUUUUGCAUAAUCAAAUACUGACUGUUUCAAUCAAGUCCUUUUCUAUAAAUGAACAUGUGGUGAUGUGUUUUACAUGUAUAUAAAUCGAUAUCAAUUGAAAAGAUUUGCAUUAUAAACAUGUUUAUAUGUUCAUACGGCAAAGGAAUGGAUAUAUCAAUAGUGUUAUUCUUUUGAUAGUAUUGUUGUUGUUUGGUUUUAUUACUUUUGUGGUUUUCAUAAACGUUUAAUUUGUAAAUAGAUUCAGGCAACAAUAAAUGAUCAGUAAUAAAAAGUUUGAUCAAGACCGGACUCAAACCUGCCUGGUCCACGAAAGCACCACAGUUGUAAAAAGCUGUUCUCCUGUCUUCUAGUGGAAGUCGUUGUAUACUUUUCCAGAGAUUCACCAGUGGCAAGCCAUAUCCUGUUGUUAAAAGAGAUCUGUAUUUUGUGUGGGAAGGAAGUCAGGACUCUGCGGAAACAGACCUUCCCCAGGGACACCAGAAGGGACACCAAAUGGACUAAACAAUCAAAAGUUUUUUCCACUUGUAUUUUAUGGACUUGUAUUUCACUAGUGUUUGUAAGGUUAAUAGGCACAUUUUAUUUCGAUUGCCGUCUACAUAAAAUCUUGAUGUAGUGCCUGCCUUGUGAAGACAUUUGUAUAAAAAGCGAUAAAAGGGUCUUCUAAAUGUAAAUGUUGAAGACACAUUCUUAUAUAAUGAUUGCCUUAGGGAUGUUCUGAACUGAAGUCUGUUAUUUCAUGUCUAUCGAAGGUUUGAGUGCAAUACAGAUGACAAUGAUAUUUAUUUGACCUCCUGACCUCUUCUGUUACCUUGGAGACAUAUUCAAUAGCGAUUAAUUCCUUGAAUGUACAGAAAAAAAUACUGGAAAGUACUGGAACCUUAGAAGGUAAUAUAACUGUAUUCAUGAAAUAUUUCAUUAAAAACAUUUCAAUUUCUGUA